UGAAAUAUUAAAGCAAACAAAUAGAAAAUUCGCGAGGUAACAUUGGUAACCAGGUUUCUUUGUCAAAUCGCUUUUUGAGCUUUAUAUGAAAAAUCACUCCAAGUUCGUGUGAUUUUGUGAUUUCUUUUGCAAGCAAUGUCUCCUCUGACUUAGAAAAUAAAGUAGUAAAACUUUAAAUAAACAAACCUCAAGCUUUGCAGAAUUCCAGAACAAAUUAAAUUUGUCGCAAAUUAUCAAUUAUUAAUGCCUUGGAAAAUUCCUGGUCGGGGAACGGCCGAUAGUAUGCCGUUUAUCUCCACUGAAAGAACAGGCAAAAAACGACUUGUUUCCAAGGAUGGCGAUAUUAUGUUUGAAGUAAGAAAUGUGAACGAAAGAUGGCGCUUUGUUGUUGAUUUAUUCACAUCCCUGAUUGUCCUAAAAUGGCGAUGGGUCUUGCUAAUGUUCUGUGCAAGUUAUGUUUUGUCGUGGUUGGUUUUUGGCGGGUUAUGGGCUCUUUUGGUUGUCGCGUACGGCCCAGGGUACUGCGUUGACCAGGUAGGCAAUCAGAUAUUUUAAGUACUUUGAGAAAUUUUGGAAAAAUAUUAUGUUUAAAUAAGUGAUAUAAUUAUAUUAGAUAGUAGCUCAUUAGUAUUCUGGGAUAGUUAUUAAUAUCUAAUGGGUUGUGGUUUGUGGUUAAGAUUUUAUCAGCACAAGUUUUUACUAUACAAAAGAAUGGCCUAUAUUUUUUCAACUAAUAUUCGGUCCUGACUAGAAAGUUUGGAAAUUGCUCGGCCGGGAUUUCGAAAAUAGCUCACCCGAUAUAUUGGUUGCAUGUUACAAACUUUCCACACUGGUAUUCAGUCAUCAAAUUGGAAAUAUCAGAGGGAAAUGGCAUUGAAGUUGAAUAUCUGUCAAGGGUUAGCUGGUCAUGCGACUGCACAGAAAUUAAUUAUAAACAACAAGUUCAAAACCGUUUAAUUAUACAACUCAUUUUGCAUCGAUUGUAUAAGUGCACUUUGAUAUUGUAGCAGUUCAAUCUUAUUUAUAGCAGUAAUCAAUUACUUUUUAACAAGUAAUUCGUAAUUAAUUACUUUUGAAAGGAAGUAAUUUGUAUUUUCUUACCUUUUCGGAGAAGUAACUGUAAUUUUUUACCCUUCACUUUUUUCGGGUAAUUUUUACAACACUCGUGAAUUCUAAUUUAAACAGGUGGACGACUUCACAAGUGCAUUUUAUUUCUCAGUUGAAACUCAACAAACUAUUGGUUAUGGUGGCCGACAGAUUACGACCAAAUGUGUUGUUGCUGGCUUACUACUGCAAUUCCAAUCCCUUGUUGGAAAUUUGAUUGAGUGCAUUACUCUCGGACUUAUAUUCUCCAAGAUAAUACGGCCAAUCAAACGAGCAAAAACGGUCGUGUUUUCAAAGAAAAUGUUGAUAAACAGAAGGGGAAACCAAAUGUGCCUGAUGUUUCGAUUAACAGACCUGCGCGAUAGUCAGAUAGUUGAAUCACAUGUGAGGCUGCAACUGUUUAGUACUUUUGAGGAAAAUGGUAGAAUUUACCCCCAUCACCAACAAGACCUUGAUGUUAAGUAUGAUUGGAAUUCAGACAGUGAUAAGCAAGAUCAACUGUUUUUACUAAUACCGCUAACAAUCAUUCACAUUAUCGAUGAAAAUAGCCCAUUUUACGACUUAACGCCAGCAACAUUGUUGACGUCCAAAUUUGAAAUGGUCGCAGUUCUUGAUGGAAUUGUAGAGUCGACAGGCAUGAACACACAAGCAAAGACAUCGUACCUGCCAGACGAGAUACUCUGGGGGUACGAUUUUGUGAAUUUAAUGUCCGAGGAUAAUUUUGAUAGCGUUACAGGGAAGUUCUGGGUGGAUUUUGAACGACACGAUGAUGUGGUGCCAGUAGAAUUACCUAAAUGUUCAGCUCGAGAUCAACACGAGUUGUCGUUAACCAGAUCUAGUAUUAUAUAACUGAGAGUAGUGUUCGUAAAAACGGUACCAACAAAGAUAAUUAUUGGCUGAUGUUGAAUUAAUGUGGCAACGUGUUAUGUGCAUAGUUAUAAAUAUUAAAUAAUUUAUAUCUCAUGCCUUGUUAAUUCUUAUAAUAAUUUUUAUUUUAUCAGGAUUUUGGGGCAUAUACCUUACUAAGGCAUCAGUGAUCACCUUAGUAUACAGGUGAGAUCUUAGAGACAUGGUAAAUAUCUCCUUACGAGAACAAUCAAUUCACAAAUAGCUGCAAUAUUCAACUACUAAGCUUGAAACUUGUGUUCCCAUUAAGCUUUGUGCACUUAGAGUUUAAGGUUUAAAGUUUAGAGUUUAAUGUUUGCAAAGGACAAUCUUAAGUUUUUGAAUUAGCUGUAUACAAAGGUCGCGCUUAUUUGCAAAGGUCGCCACAUGCAAAGCUUCUGUCAAAAGCUUACGCGCCAUGAUUUUGUGUUUUUUUUCGCGCCACAAUUUUUUCAACUUGGUUCACUACUGCAAAGUCUUGCUUGACUACUGUAAUUUGAAUUGUAAUUGUUGUUCACAGUUCGCU